AUGUCUCAGACAUCAGAUGAAAGGAGUCAGGUCUCAGGAAAAGCGGAGUCAGGCGAAAAGUUCUCAGAUGAAAAGUUAUCAGUCAGGUUUCAGACAUCAGAUGAAAAGAAGUCAGAUCUCAGGAAAAGCGGACUGCGAGCCGGUGAGCUGAGCGCCUACGAGCCCUCUCCUCCCUGUGGUCGUCAGGCACAGGCGAGGAGGAGCACGCUGCCGCUAGACGGCCCUCACCUGCUGGUCUCCGCUGGGGCCGACGCCCGUGGGCCCUCUCCCCCCUGUGGCCAUCAAGCGCAGGUGCAGCAGGGUUUGGCCAGCACAAUCCCAAGCCUGGUUGAACCUGGUUGCCUCCAGGUCAACCUGGCGCUGCGUGUUCAGCUCCUCCAGGUGUUCCUGGAACACUCCCAGGGACCAGGGCAACGGGAUGACAGACCUCGCCUUCCCCUGAGGUUCCCCACCCAUCCCCUGGCGCUACGUGUCCAGCUCCUCCAGGUUCAGGGCAAUUCACCCCAGGGGAACGACGCGGACUUCCACGGACAAAGGGAUUACGAUCCCCUCGGUACGGAGCCAGCCUAUCACGGUGGAGGACCACACACCGCGCUCCAGGUCUUUUACGGAUGCGAUAUGUCACCUCCCCAACUCUCUCUACCACGUACGCAGGCCCGUCCCACGCUGAGUCGAGCUUGGGUGACCGUCCUUUUUUUCAUUUUGGCCCAUACACCCAGACCAAUUCACCCACAGUAAAGUCACGUCCUGCACUAUGGUGGUCAUAUGCUCUCUUCUGCCGAAUUCCAGCUUGAAUGGCUU